AUGCCAUUUUUAUUCUCCAAUCAAGAGUUAGCGGAUAUUCAUUUUGUAUUUCUAAACAGACGACAUCCAACUCGCACAGUAUUUGUAAGAGUGCAUCGCCAAAUAAUUGAAAAUGGUUUUGGAAAUCUCCAAAGGGAUCAAAACAUAAAUGUUCGUCAGCGCAGAUUUACCCGUAUGAUUCUGCGUGAGUUUGAUAGAGAUCCGACCACAAGUGUUAGAAGAGUUUCUGGUGCCUUGGGAAUUUCAGCAAGCCAUGUUCACCGUGUUCUUAGAAAUGACCAUAGACGUCCUUACCAUUUGCAACCUGUGCAAGGACUACAGCCAGGGGACGGAGAACGAAGAAUCACAUUUUGUCAGUGGAUUCUUGAUAAAACUGAUAAUAAUAGGGAGUUUUUAAGUAACGUUUUAUGGACCGAUGAGUCAUGCUUCAUUAGACGUGGAGUGGUAAAUUUUCAUAAUCAACAUAUUUGGUCGCAUGAAAAUCCGCAUGCAGUUCGGGAAAGAAAUUUUCAGCAUGAAUUUAGUGUGAACGUGUGGAUUGGUAUCUACCGUAAUCGACUAUUUGGACCCAACCUUUUGCCUGCAAGGUUAAAUGCUGCGACCUUCUUGGAAUUUUUAAAGGCUGAACAUGCAAAUAUGUGGGAUGAUGUUAUGUUAGAUUUAAGAAGAUUGGCCUGGUUCCAGCUUGAUGGUUGUCCAACUCAUUAUUCGAGAAUAGUUAGAAACUGGCUGGACGAAAAUUAUCCAGAAAGAUGGAUCGGCCGUGGAGGACCAGUCGCCUGGCCUCCACGAUCCCCUGACCUGAAUCCAUUAGAUUUCUUUGUGUGGGGAUUUCUAAAAGAAAAAGUGUACCAGACUCCCGUAACCACAAGAGAUAUGAUGCUGAUAGACAUAAUCAGGAAUGCAUGUGAUAAAAUAAGGCCUUAUUUGAAUAAUGCUUAUACCACGUUCGAUCAUUCUGUCACCGAGUCAUUAGAAAAAUGGAACUCAACCGAGAACAUAAUUUAUUACAACUUUCAGAGACAAUUAUCGCAACAAGAAUGCCUUCCUGAGUUACUGUCUGUUUUCGGCAAGGAAGCGCCACAUCAUCUUAGCGACGAUCCCAUGGUGGGUGCACAAAAAACGGCAGUCACCCAGGAAAACGUCGAUGCUGUGCGCAAACUCAUCAUUGAAGAUAGACAUAAGAUCUCAAAGACCUCAAUUCAAACAAUUUUACAUGAAGAAUUAGGAGUAAGAAAAUUAUUUUCUCGUUGGAUACCCCACCUGUUGACUGAAGAGCAGAAAACAGCCAGGGUUAAUUGGUGUCAAAAAACGCUUGACCGUUUCAAUUCCGGAAACUCAAAAAAUGUGUACAGCAUUGUUAGUGGUGAUGAAUCGUGGAUUUACUGUUAUGAACCAGAAAAUAAACGACAGACGGCUGUUUGGGUGUUCCAAGGUGAAGAAAAGCCAACAAAAGUGGUCGCGACAUUUGUGUCUAAAGCGGGUCAUAUUGCAACAAUUCCGCUUAAUGAGCAAAGAACUGUUACUGCGGAUUGGUAUACCACCAUUUGUUUGCCAAAAGUCAUCACCGAGCUUCGAAAAAUCAACCCCGAAAGAAGAAUUAUCCUCUACCAAGACAAUGCAAGCUCGCACACAGCCCAAAAACGAAGGCAGUAUUUAACGGAAGAAAACGUGGAAUUAUUGGACCAUCCUCCAUAUAGUUCCGAUCUAAGUCCUAACGAUUUCUUUACUUUCCCGAAAAUUAAAAACAGGCUGCAUGAAGAAGCAGUUGACGCAUUCAAAAAUGCCGUUUUGGAUCUGCCAGCAAACGAGUGGAAUAAGUGCUUCGAAAAUUGGUUCGAGCGCAUGCAGAUGUGUAUUAAUCUUCGUACUUCGAAAGACAAUAAAACACAGAUCAGGCCUAUGCUCGAGUAUUGCUCACUCGUUUGGGGUGCUGCCGCCCCGACUACAUUAUUUAUGCUCGAUGCUGUCCAGAGUCGGGCGGUCCAACUGAUCGACGACCCUUUUCUAACAGACAGUCUCGGCACCCUGCCUCUCUUCCAUGAUGUGCCUGCCAUACAGACCCGCCUGACUUUGACGUCCCAUCCUAACCGUGUCGAACUUCGUACAUCCAGAACUGGCCGAUACGACCGCUCCUUUGUCCCGAGGCGUAUUGACAAAACUUCUUCGGGAUCAUCAUAG